UGUAAGAUAGUUUUCUUCUAAUUUGACGAUUUUGAAAUUGGUUAAGAGAAUAUUGUAUAACUGAAAACUGCGUUAAAGUGGAAGAUAAUGGAUUCCUUGAAACAUAUGCAGCAGCGGCAAUAACAACACUCGCCAUCGUACAAAGGUUUUAGAUAAUCCUUUAAGCACACUGAGAAAGGCACAUCAAUGGAGUCUUUAGUUCUUAAACUCCAUGAAAUCUCAGCUGUCAAAUUUGGAAACUUCAAGCUUAAAUCCGGCAUCUCCUCACCAAUUUAUAUAGACCUCCGCCUUAUUAUAUCUUACCCUUCUGUCCUCCGACAAAUUUCUCAAACUAUGAUUUCCUCUGUCUCCAACACUAAAUUCGACCUUGUCUGUGGUGUCCCUUAUACUGCUCUACCUAUUGCCACUUGUGUAUCUGUCACUCACAACAUCCCUAUGGUUAUGCGCCGCAAGGAAGUCAAAGACUAUGGCACUUCUAAAGCCAUCGAAGGAGAUUUUAAGCAUGACCAAAGUUGCUUGAUAAUCGAGGAUUUAGUUACUAGUGGCACAUCGGUUUUGGAAACUGCUGCACCGCUGCGUAACAUAGGGUUGAAGGUCAGUGAUGCUGUUGUUUUGAUUGAUAGAGAACAAGGUGGAAGGGAGAAUUUGGAGAGUAAUGGAAUCAAGUUGCAUGCGAUUCUUAAAUUGACUGAAAUGGUGAAAAUUUUGAAAGAAAAAGGAAGGCUUGAUGAGGAGAUGGUUAGGGUUGUUAUGAGAUUCUUAGAGGAAAAUCAGAAGGUUGCUGCUUUGGAAAAUACUACCAAGUUGAAGAAGGCAUUGUCAUAUUUGGAGAGGGCUAAGUUGUCCAAGAAUCCAAUGGGAAAAAGGUUGUUUGAGAUAAUGGCUGAGAAGGAAAGUAAUCUGUGUUUGGCUGCGGAUGUUGGAACUGCUGCUGAAUUGCUUGAAAUUGCAGAAAAGGUUGGGCGUGAGAUAUGCUUGCUGAAAACUCAUGUGGAUAUUUUUCCAGAUUUUACUCCAGAUUUCGGCUCUAAGCUUCGCGCGAUUGCAGAAAAACACAACUUCUUAAUAUUUGAGGAUCGUAAGUUUGCCGACAUCGGUAACACCUCUGCCAUGCAGUAUGAAGGAGGGAUCUUUCAUAUAUUGGAGUGGGCUGAUAUAGUAAAUGCUCACAUUAUCUCUGGUCCUGGAAUUGUGGAUGGACUGAAAUUAAAGGGUUUGCCUCGCGGAAAGGGUUUGUUGUUACUUGCUGAAAUGAGUUCAGCCGGUAACCUUGCCAAGGGAGAUUACACUGCUGCUGCAGUGAAAAUUGCUGAGGAUCAUUCUGACUUUGUUAUUGGCUUCAUCUCGGUCAAUCCAGCAUCGUGGUCUGGGGCACCGAUAAACCCUUGUUUCAUUCAUGCAACUCCUGGAGUUCAAGUGGCGAUCGGUGGUGAUGGUUUGGGGCAGCAAUAUAAUACUCCAUAUUCUGUUAUCCAUGAUAGGGGUAGUGACAUUAUCAUAGUCGGAUGUGGCAUCAUCAAAUCUGCAAAUCCGGUUGCAGUAGCUCGCGAAUACCGUCUUCAAGGAUGGAGUGCAUAUUUGGAAAAGUGCAAUUAAGGCCUGUAUUCCCUAACCAAAUGGAAGAGUUUGGGUGUGUUCUUGAAAUAUGUUACAAGUGUUCAUGACUAAAUGCAAAAUUGCAGUAACAUGGACCUGCACAUCCAUAUCAUAUUGAACGCAAGUUUGGAGAGGAAUAAUUUAAGCUUCACAUCCAAGCAUUAUGUGUGAAGUUAUAGAACACCAAAUCCUAGUGACCAAAUUGCAAUCACAACUCUGAAAUAUUUUGGAUUGAGAUUGAAUCAUAACCAAACAAGCAAGCUAAAUUUCAUUUCAGUUUUGAAUUA